AUGGGUGUACCCACAACACCGGAGGGGCUUCCUCUGGACGACCGCUCCAAUGCGCUCAAGAUACCCAUCAUCGCUUUGAUCAUAUUCAGCUCCAUAUUCGUUCUACUCCGCUUGGGCAUAAACUGGAGGAAUAGGAAUUACUUCCUACUAACCGAUCACCUCCUAUGGACGGGACAUGUCAUAGCUGUCGCAGGCGCAGCAUGUUGCUACAAGAUGGCUGAAGUUGGGGCCGGCAGGCACGUCUGGGACCCUAUGUUGACACCACAAAACAUGGAAACGUACCUCUACUUCCUCUGGGUGGGCCAGCUGCUUAAUCUAUACGGAAUGGCUUUGAUCAAGCUGAGCGUGUGCGCCUACAUCUUCAUGCUGGACUUCUCGCGAACCUUCCGGAUCAUCAUUUGGGCUUCCGUCGUGAUCCAUCUCGGCGUCAACUUCGUCUUUCCCACAGUCAUUCUAUUCGGCGAAUGCACCCCAUACACCAAGCAUUGGGACGUCUCUGGAAUGAAACCUGGCUCUUGCUGGGAUGCGAAGCCGCGUGUCAUCUCUGGAUACUCCGGCGCUGCCGUCAACAUCGCGACCGACCUACUCUACACCAUGGCGCCGCUUAUCUACAUUGCGAGGGUGCAACUUCCGAAGCGGACGAUCUGGGGCGUUCGCGCUGUGUUCCUGUGUGGUCUCAUUACAACCACCAUAUCCGCACUCAAACUCUACGAGAUGAAGUCCUUGAACGAAUCGCCAGAUCCAACCUAUUCCUCCGUCAACCUCAGCAUCUUCGCCAUCGCCGAAGUCUUCGUUGGCGCCUUUACUGCUUCGCUUCCACCACUCCGCAAAACAUUCGAAAAUGUCCUCCGCAAAGUGCUCCCCACCAGUUUAACAGGAGGAUCAGGCAAGGGAUCGCGACAAAGCUAUGCGCUCCAAGUAUCAGGGCCCCAGGUCAGCGGAAGGUCUUCAAAGCCGAAGCACGAGACGGACGAUGACAGUGAGCUCGGCAUACUGCCAGACGAGGCGAGCCAUGAGAGGAAAGGCUCCGAUCACGCGAUCAUGAAGACUACACAUAUCCCUGUUUCAUACCUAGCCGAGGUAACAUCGAUCAGCAACCUCAUCUGCACCACAUCACCUUCCAUCAACAUGUCGAAGCCGUCGAAACCAUAUCGUCGCGAUCUUCAGUUUCGUGGCUUCGCUGAGGGCCUGACGUACCUCAACAGCGACGGCCAAGCACAGUGUCAUUAUUUCGGCGGCGUCCCGUACGCCCUCCCACCCGUCGGCCCCUUUCGCUUCCAAAAGCCACGAUCCCUACCACCAUGCUACCGCUACGGCACAAAACCGAACCCAGGACGAUAUACAGGCGGCUGUGGAAUAUGCCCUCAGCCAGGCUCCAACACUGCAACCCUUGACGAGCCCGCCUGGGACGAAGAUUGUCUGCAAACCAACAUCUGGAUCCCAGCCGGGCCAUCGCCAGCAGAAGGUUGGCCGGUACUAUUCUGGAUCCACGGCGGGUUCCUGCAAUGGGGUAGCCCGAACGGACUCGACCUCCGUGCGCUACUCAGCGAGUCCCCCAUCCAAUGCGUCGUCGUCGCUCCCGCGUACCGCCUAAACGUAUUCGGGUUUCUCGCAUCCAACGAGCUGAUCGACUCGUGUCCUGCUACUGAUGGUUUUGGCGUUAAUCUUGGCUUCUGGGAUCAGCGCAUGGCUUUGCAGUGGACGUAUGAGAAUGUUAGCUAUUUUGGUGGGGACGCCGCGAAUAUUACUGUCGGGGGUUACUCGGCGGGUUCGCACUCGGUGUUCCAUCAGCUGUCGUACGAUCUCGGUUGCGCGGAUGGGAAGGCGGUUGUUAAGAGGGCGUUGAUGCUGUCGAAUGGGCCGGGCAUGCAACCGAAGAGUUUGGAGGAGGCGCAGGACCAGUUUGAUGAGCUAUUGGGGGCGUUGGGUAUUGAUUUGGCGAAGUCGCCGGCUGAGAAGUUGGCACGGCUUCGUGAGUUGAGUCCGAGGGCGAUUGUGGAAGCGAGUAACGGGAUCAAGCUGCAUCAGUUCCGCGCUGUUACUGAGGGGGAGUUUGUAAGGCAUGGGCUUCUCGAAGAGCUGUCGAAUGGUGUUUAUGCGGAGCGCAUGAAACGCCGCAACGUCAAGCUCAUUAAUGGCGAAUGCAGCGACGAGCACCAUGUCUACGGUCUUUGGCGACCGCCUAGACCGGGCUUCGAUAACAUGCUGUACCGCCUUGAAGCUGACUAUCCUCGCGAGGCAUGCAAGGUGUUGAUGUCGCACUACUUUCCCAAUCGCAAACUACCGUCAAAAUACUCGAGCUGGCAGGCGGCUUUCGGUCAUAUCUACGCUGAUGUUCAGAUUCACGCACUACGUCGCGGGAUGGUCAACGCGCUGGUGAAGCAUGGUGCGGGAGAUCUCAUUCAUCGAUACCGCAUCGAAUGGCGUGCGCAGUGUGUUGAUAAAGAGUUACCCAAGCACUUCGGUGCUAGUCACGGUUCCGACAUGGCGAUAUGGUUCUGGGGCAAUGGAAGCGAUCUGACUGAGGAGGAAAAGAAGAUUGCAUUAAAGACAUUUCACGAACCGUUGAGCAGGUUCUUGAAGGGCGAAGAGGUGGAUUGGGGCACAAAGCAUGGAAUGCAAUUGAGAACGCUGAAGAAAGAUGGAAAUGUCGCUGUCGAAGAAGACAGUCGACUGGAAGAAGGCUUGAGACUGUGGAAUGCGCUGAAGACGGCUGGCGCUACUGGUGACCCGAAGGACACUGCGAAGUUGUAA